CUCGAUGCUGCUGCCGCUGCUGCUGCUGUUGCCCCUGCUGUGGGCAGGGGCCCUGGCUCAGGAUCGGAGAUUCUGGUUGCGCCUGCAGGAGCGGGUGACGGUGCAGGAGGGCCAGUGCGUCCUCGUGCCCUGCGAAGUCUCCUACCCCUGGUCAGGUCACACUGCAGGAAGCCCCGCUUACGGCCACUGGUACAGAAAAAGGAGAGAGUCUCUGGGUACAGAGUUUGCACUGGUGGCCACAAACCACCCAGGUUAUGAUGUGCAUCGGGAGACCCGUGGCCGCUUCCACCUGCUGGGGGAGCCCCAGAAAUACAACUGCACCCUGGACAUCAGAGACGCGCGGAGAGAGGACACGGGGACCUACCACUUCAGGGUGGAGAGAGGGGAUUAUGUAAAAUAUAGUUACGUGAAUCAGCAGCUCUCCGUAACCGUGACAGCGCUGACCCACACACCAGACAUCCACCACCUGGGGCUCCUCCAGUCUGGCCGGCCCAGGAACAUCACCUGCGCGGCGCCCUGGGCCUGUGAGAGGGGGACACCCCCCACCUUCUCCUGGACAGGGGUCGGCCUCAGCACCACGAGCACCGACUCCCCGGUGCUCACCCUCAGCCCGGGGCCCCAGCACCACGGCUCCAGCCUCACCUGCCGGGUGACCUUCCCUGCAGCGGGUGUGAGCACAGAGACCACCAUCCGGCUCAGCGUGGGCUAUGCGCCCCAGAACCUGACCAUCCAGGUGAUCAGGAAAGAAGGUUCAGGACCUGAAGUCCUGGGCAACGGCUCCUCUCUCCCGGUGCAGGAGGGCCAGUCCCUGCGCCUGGCCUGUGUGGUCCACAGCAGCCCUCCCGCCAGGCUGACCUGGGUCCGGGGGAGCCUGACCGUGAAGUCCUCUCCAAGCCUAAACCCCGUGGGUGCGGGAGCCAUGUGGGAGCACCCCCAGACCCUGGAGCUGGAGCUGUCCAAGGGGCCCCUGGAGGAACAAGGGAAACUCCUCUGCUGUGCUCAGAACCCCCUGGGCUCCCAGGAGGCUUCCCUGAGUCUGUCUGUGGAGAGCGCAGCGGGAGCGAGGACAGGGGGGCUUUUGGGGCCCUUGGUGGGACUGGGCGCCAAAUCCUUCAUCUUGCUCGGCCUCGUCUUCCUCAUAGUGAAGAGAAACAGGAAGAAAAGCACAGAAGGAGGCAGCAGGGAGCAGGCCAGGCCCCCAGGCCUGAGGGAGAACCCCCGGGGGUCACCAGGGCGGAUCCUGGGCUGACAACCCCCUGCACCCCCUGGGCCCGGUGGUGUCCCCUUAAAGGAGGAGCAGGAGCUGCAUUAUGCCAACCUCGGGCUCCCCAAGGCGACCCCCAGGGCCUUUCUGGUCCAGGCCUCCGAGUACUUUAAGGUCAACCCCAACGCAGAUCGCCCUCUCCUGCCCUCCUCCCGACGCUGGAGCCCCAAAAAAGGCCUCUCUGAGGACAGAGGGUCCUGCGCUCCCUGCAGAGCUGACGCCUCAGCGAGGUCACAAAGGUCACAAAGGCAAGCUCGGGGCUCCUGGGACAGAUGGAGCCGGAGCUCCCGGGUCACGCCCAGCCCAGCCGCUUAGACACGCGUCCCCGUCACUCUCCGGCCUCAGCUCCCUCGCUGUAAAGUGGGUGCAUGUGCACAAGGCGGGAAAUGCACCCCGUGUUGCUGACUGGUCAGCUCCCCCCUUCCCCACGGCACUUCUGCUUGGCUAUACUAGGAAUGUGGGGGAUUUCACAAUGUGAAACUAUUUCUAUUUUUUUGUCUGCGUGUUUAGAAGAAGUGGGCCCUAAGCCCGA